AUGGGAGAUUCGAUGAAGAUGAACAGUGAAAAUGAUUUCAAUUACGCAGUGCAAGUAACUCGCAUUAUCAUGCGAAUGAUCGGCGCGUGGCCAAUUUCCCGUUACGCUUCCAGUGUGGAAAGAAUCGCGACUCGCUUACACAAAGUCUUUUGCUACUUUCUAUUCGCGUUCAUCAUCGUGCCGGGUCUCCUGCUGAUGUUCUUGAAGGAGCGCGACGUCAAACGUAGAGUGAGAUUACUCGGGCCGCUUCUGAAUUGUUGGAUGGGUUUCAUGAAGUACAGCCUGCUCGUGUACCACGCGAGAGAGAUUCAAUAUUGUCUGAAGCAGGCGCGGCAGGAUUGGGGGGAUACGGUUGAUUUGAGGCAUCGGCAAGCGAUGUUAUCCAAGGCGAGGAUAGGACGAAAAUUCGCGAUUGUCUCUGCCGUCUUUAUGUACGUCGGCGGAUUGUCUUACCGUACUGUCGUGCCGCUCUCGAAAGGACGAAUGCUCACGCCGAUGAACACCACGGUGAGAGCGCUGGCAUGUCCGAGCUACUUCGUCAAGUUCGACGAACAGGCCUCGCCGGCAUACGAGAUCGUCUUCACUCUGCAAUUCUUCGCAGGAUUGCUCACCUACUCGGUAACGGUCGGCGCGGCCGGAUUGGCCGCGUUUUUCGUCAUGCACGUUUGCGGACAACUAAGUGUCUUGAUAGGCAAGUUCCAGCAUCUCAACGACAUGCCGGAACCGAACGAUAAGGAUGUCGCGAUAUUGCUGGCUGAUAUCGUAGAGCAUCAAAUAAAAGUGAGACGUUUCCUAAAACAAGUAGAGGAAUCCAUGCGAUAUGUAUGGUUAGUGGAAAUAGUGGGCUGUACUAUACUUUUAUGUCUUACGGGGUACUACGUUAUUAUGGAAUGGGAAAGUAGCGAUUCUACAGCCAUGUUAACUAUGUCUGUGAUACUUACAUCUUUCGCUUUUUCCAUUUUUACUAAUUGCUACGUCGGUCAACUGUUGACAGAUCAGAGCCUGAAGCUUGGGUUAAUGACGUCCACGACCAAUUGGCAUCGUCUUCCGCAUAAAAGGGCUCGAACUCUAAUUCUGAUAAUGGCGGUUUCUAAUAUUCCGGCAAAAAUCUCAGCGGGCAAAAUGAUAGAAAUGUCUCUACCUACGUUCAGUAAUAUCGUUAGAACAUCAAUGGCGUACUUUAAUCUACUCCGAAAAUUCAUCACAUAACUUUGAUGAAAUUGACUGUCAUAACAAUUCAGUACUCAAAUAUUAAUUAUCUGUAAUUAACGCCACCU